AUGGACACAUGUGUUUAUGAAAGAAGGGCAGAGAAAGCAUUAGACUCUGUAAACAAGACUUUGGGUAGUCAGAGUGAGGCGAUGAGCCAUUUGGUCGAGCAAUAUAGUAAAUCGGGAUACUCACGGAUAAACUUGUUGAAUUCGUUGGAACUACUUUUUCAAAGUAUUUUACGGGGAGGGAAAGUAGUAGUUUCGGGAAUUGGUAAAAGCUUCAAGAUAUCCAGCAAAUUAGUAGCAACACUAAAUUCGUUAUCUAUUCAAUCUGCGGCACUCCACGCAUCAGAAGGUUUACAUGGUGAUCUUGGAAUAAUACGGGACAACGAUACCUUGAUAUUUGUAACUGCAAGUGGGAACACACCUGAACUUUUGCAAUUAUUGCCCCAUAUCCCCAAGUCGAUUCCUAUUAUACUUUUGACGUGUAAUAGGAAUUCAAAAUUGUCCAAUCACCCUCAGGUUAAGUCUUUGCUAUAUGCUGAUUUACCUUCAAACUUGAAUGAGGAAUCGAUACAUGGUAUACCAGCACCAACAGUGUCGGCUACGCUAUCAAUGGUCUUAGCCGAUGCUACAAUAUUGGCAUUAUCUGAGAUGCUAGAAGAGGAUGCGUUGAAACGAAAGAAGUUAUUUUCCAUGAAGCAUCCCGGUGGAUCGAUUGGUGCUGAUUUGAGCCAUUUGAAUGAAAACUUUGUUAAGAUGGCUACAGGUGAUGUAGCUAGUAGUGGAAGAUCAUUUUCAUUAAAUACAAACUCAUCUUUAUUAAGCUUGAAUCAAUUGAGGAAGAGCUUCGAUAACAUGAAUAGUGAGUCAUCAAAUUUCAGUUCCUUGGUAGUAUCGGAUGAUGAAGAUAUGUUAGACUCAAAGGCUUUGAAAAAAAAUUCAGACGUUCAAAAUCUUAUAGUACCCUCAGAUCCUUCCAAGAGAGUAUCAAUAACGGAAGAUGAAUUAAAUUCGACUAGUUAUGUUACAGAGUCCAAGCUUUUGAAAUGGAUAACGCUAUACGAUUUUGUUGUAUGCUUAAAGGCAGACGAUACCCAUAUAGCAAGAGCAAUGUCGUGUGAUCAGAUAAGGGAAUUAUAUAGAAGUGAAAUCGGCGAUGAUGACUGCAAAGAUGAAAUUUGGGAACUGUUUCAUUUGAAAUUGGUAACAAGAUUCAAAGAAGUUCAACUUUAA